AUCAUAUGAUACCAUUUUCUAAAAUUGGCAAGAUAGGCGGGGGAACAGGCCACUCCAGUAACUAUUUAAGAGCCAGGCGGAGCUCUGAUGCUUCACAAAGCGAAAGGCAAUGGGUUAAGCUAAUCAUGUGGCUGCGUAUAAUGUUUAUACUGUUGCUGGCUCAUUGCCUCUCGGCUUUGCCAGCUCCAGAGUUUGACGACCAGAACUCCAAGACUUGGAGUGCGGAAGAAGCCUGCAGUGAAGUUACAAUCACCACCCUAAUGGAAAACCAGGCUGAUCCAACUUGUAGAACCUACGUUUAUUGUUACGUGGUAAAUGGAUCAGUUUAUUCGUUGAUUAGGAGCUGCAAAAGCAACCAGUACUUUGAUCACAAUUUGAAAAUGUGCAGGUCUGAAGUUCCAGCUGAAUGUUCUGCAGAGGCACCAACCAACUAAAUCCCACCACAUCUUCCAUGCCACUUUGAACUUCUGCAGCGCCAAUAAGCCAGAUUAUUGUAUCUGAAUUUCUUGGAACCCAAAGCUUAUAAAUGUUUCAUAUCUUGAUGCCAAUAAAAACUAAUUAAAAAUGAUAGCAUUUUUCAAGAUAAGCACUUGAUGCGUUUUCAAUGCUUUCGGUAGGAAGUGGCAUAUAUGGUUUUCAGCGAAUGGAUUCAUUUCUGCAUAAUCAAAACACCCGGAUUAUAGUUCUUGACAACACCCAGAGUUUACCCAGAAAUUUGCACAUAUCUGAGAAGUCCAUAAACGAAGUACAUACGAGUACGAGA